UUUUCUGACAACCUGCUCACAGUCAAUCUGAAGUGCAAAGGAGACCAAGGUCUUGCUCUACUGUUGGUACUGAUGCGACCCAGUCCUGGCAACAUGGAGAGGAUAGUUAUCUGUCUGAUGGUCAUCUUCUUAGGGACAAUGGCCCACAAAUCAAGUUCCCAAGGACAAGACCGCUUCAUGAUUAGAAUGAGUCAACUUAUAGAUAUUGUUGAUCAGCUGAAAAAUUAUGUGAAUGAAUUGGAUCCUGCAUUUUUGCCAGCUCCAGAUGAUGUAAAGGAACACUGUGAGCGCUCAGCUUUUUCAUGUUUUCAGAAGGCUCAACUCAAGUUAGCAAAAACAGGAGGCAAUGAAAAGAUUAUCAGUGUGUUAAUUAAGCAGUUGAAGAGGAAACUACCUCCCUCAAACACAGAGAAAAAGCAGAAACACAAACAAACAUGCCAGUCAUGUAAUGCUUAUGAGAAAAAACCACCUCGAGAAUUCCUAGAAAGGAUGAAAUCACUUCUCCAAAAGAUGAUUCAUCAGCAUCUUUCCUAGAAUGCAUGGGGCAGGAAGAUUCCUGAAGAUCUAACUUGAAGCUGGACACUAUAUUACAUACUCUAACACAAGAGUGAGACUUAUUUCUUGGUAUUCCAAGUGCAUAGAAGUACAAUGUAUUAGUGGUGGGGAAAAAAACCUCAGAUAAGUGUGCAAAGUUAGGAUCACUUCUCCCAAAUUGUCUUGUAGUACUUCAGUUUAAUUCAUGUGUUACAUGUUUGAUCAAUUUGGAAAAACUUUCUACCCAACUAGACUCUGCAUUCCUAUGUCAUGGAUUUCUAUGACUACUGAAGUUUUUACUUUAUCUUACUGCCCAACUAUUAUAUCUCUUGCUGGAUGA